AUUACGCAUUUUAAAACGUAGCCUAUGUGGAGAAGCACCAACAAGCUCUUUAUGCGAAGCAGCAAAAGGGAAAUAAAACGUUUGUUAUCAAGUAUAAAAAAUAUGGCUGCUUCAAACUAUCUGCAAUCUGAAGAUCAGUUCCUCUGCUGCAUCUGUCUGGAUGUGUUCACUGAUCCAGUCACAACAUCAUGUGGACACAACUUCUGUAAAGACUGCAUCACCAAACACUGGAAUUCUAACUACCUGUACCUGUGUCCUAUGUGUAAAAAAGAGUUCAACACAAGACCUGAGCUGCACGUUAACACUUUAAUCUCUGAGAUGGUAGCUCAGUUCAGAAAGGCGGCUCAACAGAAAGCCAGCAGCAGCAGCAGACGCUCAGAGCAACAAGUCUUCAAACCAGGAGAAGUUCCCUGUGACGUCUGCACUGAAACCAAACUGAAGGCCCUGAAGUCCUGCCUGGUGUGUCUGACCUCCUACUGUGAGACUCACCUGGAACCUCACCUGACAAAGUCAGGUCUGAAAAGACAUCAGCUCAUCGACCCUGUGGAGAACCUGGAAGACAGGAUGUGUCCGAAGCACGAUAAACCUCUGGAGCUGUUCUGUAAGACCGACCAGACAUGUGUCUGUAUGCUCUGCAUUGUUUCAGACCACAAGAUGCAUGAACUGGUUCCUCUGAAAGAAGGAUAUGAAGGGAGGAAGGCAGCGCUUGAUGUUCAAAUUCAGCAGAUGAUCCAAAAGAGACGACACAAUAUUCAGGAGAUCAAAGACUCAGUGAACCUCAGUAAGGAAGAAGCAGACAGAGAGGUAGCAGAAGGUGUUCAGGUCUUCACUGCUCUGAUGGAGUCUGCUAGAGGACUGAACAAACUCAUGGAUACGGUCAAAGAGAAGCAGAAAACAACUGAAAAACAGGCUGAAGGCUUAAUCAAAGCCCUAGAACGGAACAUCUCUGAGCUGAAGAAGAGAAGCACUCUGAUGGAGCGUCUCUCACACUCUGAAGACCACCUCCAUCUUCUCCAAAGCUUUCCAUCCUUGAAAGUUGCUCCACAAACCAACGACUGGAAAAAGGUCAGCAUCCGUCCAUCAUCACAUGAGGGAACUGUGGUGAGAGCUGUGGUUCAGCUGGAGGAGACACUCAGUAAAACUCUGCACCGCUCGUCAUCUCUACGGUCACGACAUUUUUUUUUUACAGGUUCCCAGAGUGCCGUAGAUGAUCCUACCGGACACUGAGCGAGGGGCGGGCAACACCUUCGACAUGUUAUCAAUUACGAGCAUGACAAAAGGAGAAGCAAGGGGACCAAAGGAACAUUUAAGCUGCCGCUGAAACAGGGAAACUCCACACAGAAGAGCACGGCAAGUUCGAACCUAAAACCAUCUUCGUGUGAAAAUGCCAGCCGCAUCACCCUGCCGCCCAGAGAUCAAAUUUAACACAGUGGGAAUUGAGUGGAAAAAAAGAAACGCCGCAAGAUAUCUUGAUGUAUAGCUACAGACAAUAUAUUGCCGAAUGUUUAAUAAAGCUUCAUUUCAGAGUAAGGCCUAUUUCUUUGCCUAUAGGGUCUACAGAGUAUGUGUCAUUGUUAUGCAUUGACAAAGUGGUUUAAUAGAACAGAUACUGACACAUUUUUCCAUUAUGUUAAUUACUGUAGCCAAUAUUUUGUUUUCUGUUAUAGUUUAAUGUUGUGAUCUUUAAUAUUUCAGUCCUCGUUGAUUCGGUGAAAUGCUGGGUACUUGUGAACAAAGCAAGAGUGGUUUAAUACAAGUGUAAAGCUGCUUGAGCAACUGCUUAGUCAGAACUACAACAGAAGAGCAGCUGCAGCACAAAUAGACCAGGAGCAUAGCAAUAGAGCAAGACAACAGUCUCCGCUCAUGCACACUAGCUCCUGUGGGUAUUGUCCACAGUAUCUGACCAUUGCAUGUAUCAUAUAUGUGUAAUGUGUGUAUAUGUAAAGCGCUUUGAGUCAUUGAUAAAGCGCUAUAAUAAAUGUAAGGAAUUAUUAUUAAUUAGCUAGGAUGGCAGCAUAUUGUUUUUAGGAGCCUUGAAGAAAAAGGCAUUUGUGAAGGAGGGUGACAAAAGUUGUUCGUUUAAACAGAUUGUGUGUAUCUUUCAGGUCUGUACGUUGUGUAGGAAUCAUUUCUUUUUUCAAAUGUAAUUCAAUUACAUUUCUAUGUUUACUGGCCUGUGCCACUCUCAUCCUUUGUGUACUCAUUAUGAACCAAAAUGUGUUUUUUGUACAAGAACAGCUAUUAAAAUAAUCGAUAGACUCCUU